AUGUUUGGAAACACUGGAGCUUUCUCAUAUUCCCCCAAGGGUUUCUCUCAGGACGACUUCCCUCAGCUGAGGCGAGCUUUACAACAAGAUGAUCUCAGGGGUCCUCCACUACAGAGAAACAACAUGUCCAGACCCAGUGGAAAAUCAAUAUACAUGCAGAGAAAGGAGUACUCGGAGACACUGAACAGACACCCUGACAACUUUAACGUCAGAGUGGAGCACCUGUUCACCUGUGAGCUGGACGGCCAGGAGGUGAAGACGUUAGAUGACUGCUUGGCUAAGCUCAAGAGGCUCGACGCUAAAGGUCGUCUGUGGCCUCAGGACAUGAUCAUGGAGGUUCAGAGGGGAUAUCUGCUGCUCAGCGACAUCGAGACCAAGGCAGAGCUGGAGGCGCUGCCUCUGAGCAGCAUCCUGAAAACCAAAGCUGUGCUGGACAGCUGCGCCUACAACUCUCUGCUGGCAUUAACUGUGCAGGAACGCAAUAAACGCGUCCCUCAGGUCUACAUGUUCCAGUGUGAGGAGACUGGGGCAAAGCUCGUCAAGAGUGAUCUGGAUAGGGCCGUCCAAAAAGGAGGUGAUGUUGUGGAACCACGCAGAGAGCAGUCUGACAUCAGGAGUAAUCUUGAGAACAUCAUUGGGCAACAUGUGCCGGGAAGUUUCCGGCAGGCUGGGCCUCGUCCUGUGCAACAGGAAUGGAGCCCAACGCCGCCAGCACCGCCGGAGCAGCCGCCCCCUCAGUGGAGGAAUCGAGAACCAGAAAAUACGCCGCCUCCACAGUUCUACACCCCACAAGAACCACCGAUGCAACAUCAUGAGGUUUAUGAAUUACAAAUUGGCCCAGAGGUCGCAGAGCAGACGGACGAAGCGAGGAACACGGACAUUUUAAACCAUAUUUUAAAUGAUAUGGAGGUCUUCAUGGGCAAAGUGUCUGCUGCAGCAAAUGCACCUAUUUUACCAGAAGAAGACAAGGGCAAGAAGAAAAAAGCAUUUAAGAAGAAAAAAUCAAAGAAAAAUGCCCCAGAUGUCAGUCUGCCACCUUGGGAGGAAUAUGUCUCCUGUCUUCAGAAAAUCAAAUAUGGAUUCAAUCUGCUGGGCCAGCUUGACGGCACACUGACCAGCCCCACUGCUGCUGACUUUGUCCACAUUUUCUUCAAUAGUUUAGGCAUGAUACUGCCCCAGUAUCCUGAAGACCUGCCUCCCACUGUGCUGUCACCCCUGCUGACGGAGGCGGCCGUGCGGCUGCUCAGUCAGGUCGUCGAUGCAGAGGAAGACUUCCUGUGGAGGUCUCUGGGAGAUUGCUGGAACGUGCCCAGAACCAGAUGGCCAGAUGAUAAUAUCCCACUAUUCAUCCCAGAGUUCUACGACGGCUGGCAGCCGCCUCCCCCUCCUGCACGCAUGCCGACCCCAGUCCCUCAGCAGAACAGUCCAAUGGGCCAACAACGAUUCGCACCCCGUCCCCGUGAGCCGCCUCUGUACAUGCAGGUCAUUUAUGACUUCAUGGCCAGGAACAACAAGGAGCUCAGUGUUAUGAAGGGUGAUGUUGUUCAGGUAGUUCAGAAAACCAAGCAAUGGUGGCUUGUUCGAAACGCCCGUGAUGAGGAAGGCAACGUUCCUCAGAACGUUCUAGAGCCGAUGAGCGACGGGCCAAUGGAGGAUAUACCGCGGGACACUCGCGGCCCGGUGAAUCUGGACAUGAACUCUUCCUCUUCAGAGGUCAGAGCCUGGCUGGAGUACAAAGGUUUCUCCAAAAUCACUGUGACCAGCCUUGGGGUGCUGAAUGGUAAACUGCUCCUGGGGAUGAGCAAGGAUGAGAUUCGGAUUGUCUGUCCAGAGGAAGGAGGCAAAGUCUUCUUCCAGCUCCAAGCCAUUAAAGCAGCCGUUGCACUCGCCAGUGAACCAUCAGGCAUGUACAAUGGCCGCUACUAAACACCUGCUACACCUCCGUUUGUUUCCUCCUGAACUUUCAUCCACAGAUCAACAUCUGGAAUUAUUGUUUAAUUCACCUUUUUGCCAUAAUUGAUUUGCUUUAUUUAAGGGAGAGCACUUUUACUAAAUUAAACUUCUAUAUUUUAAUUUGACCAACAGCAAUAAUUGCAAUACUCAUUUUACUGCAAUUUCUUCUACGUUAUUUUACGUAAGUUGUGUAUAGUUUUCCAAACUGAUUGAGCCAAAAACUUUGUAUGCAGAUGUUCAAUCCAACAGUUUGCCUCUUAACUAGUUAAUCAAGUUGUUCCUCAUUAUUAGAAAUGACUGUUAAACAUACAGUACGUUCUCUUCUGCUGCAUGAAUUUAUACCCCCAUCGUAUUUUUCUGUCAAUUGAUGCAUACAUGUCAUGUAUUGUACAGAAGGUGAUGCUGAAACAAAUUCAGUACAAGAUCCACUUUAAUGUCAGAAAAUGUUCUUCAAAUGUAGAAAUUAAGUGCUUUAUCUCAAAUUAAAGUUUCUACUCAUUACUAUCAAAACAAACAUGGAUUUUUUCUACAUAAUUCUGAUUCAACUAAAAAUGGUUUGGGAAAGUGUAACGUUAUCAGAGGACACAAACUAAACAGCCAGCUAGUAUACAGCUUAUAAAAAAGACAUACUACAGAUGAUUUUCCAGUCCUGAUUAACGAGUUAGAGUCAGUUGCACUUGUGAACAUUGUUAUUUUCAUUACAUCUAAAUGCAUCAUCUAUUACUCCUUCUUGUUUCCCCACUUGGCCAUCUUGUUGUUGACAGGAGUCUUCAUGAAUCUGUCUGACUUCAUGUAGGCAGCAAUCUUCUCCAGAGCCUACAAUGACAUGAUGUCAAUAAAAAUAUCAGUAUUACGAGUAAAAACUGAA